AUUAGUUGCAUUUUCAGUUGAAUUUGGGGAAACCACUUGAAGCAUUCAUUGUGUUGAACUAUUUCAAUUGCUUUUGUUUGAUUUGUUCAUUACAAACAGCUGAAAAUCUGUAAAUUUUGACAAUAAACUGAUUUGCAAUGGGGGUUGAAUAAUUUUGAUUGCAAGUGUACAUGACAAUACUAGUGCACUCUUGAGGAAAUGAGGGAUGAGGUGACGAGAUCUCACUGAGUGCAUGUGUGUGUUUUUGCAGAUGACAGAGCUAAGGGUGCUUAUUUACUUCUUUGCUGAACUUGUCAUGGCCUCUGCAUCCAUGAAUUACUCAGCCCACUGUGUAAGCCUUCAGGAAGUUGACACUAUCCAAGUGAUACAGGGUGAGGCACUGCGUCAGUCUUGCCCCAAUCAUGACUGCAGCAGCGAGAUGAACAAUUCGCUGAUAUUUUGGUUCAAAAAUGGAAGUGACGGAAUCCAGCCAAUCACGAUGGAGGAAAAUGAGCGGGUCCAUUACCAUGGCGCUGUCUUAUACUUCCUGCCUUUAAGUCUGAAUGACACAGGCCUUUACAUCACACAAAGAUGGUAUACUGUAACUGAUUGUGAAGAGUUUAAAACUGAAAUUGUGGUCUACGAGACGUUUCACACCGAUCAACUGUAUGGAAACUUUUCAGAGCAGAUAGACAUUCUGCUUCUUGAUUGUCCAGUGUAUCAAAACAAAGGAGAAACCAUUACCUGGUACAAGGAUUUCCGUCUGAUCCCUAACAAUUCUGAUGCCAAGCUUAAAGUUUACCUCCCUAAAGAAGAAGCUGAAGGAAUAUACACCUGUAUGUGCACCUGGGAACAUCACAAUCAAGUUUACAACUCCAGUGGAUCCUACCAGAUUCAAAGAAAAGAAAAAACAGUGCUUGCUCCUCCAACCUUUCAAUAUCCCAUCAACAACUCUGUGGAGUUUGUGGACCUUGGGGCGGAGGUGAAGCUGAACUGCCGGGUGUUCUUUGGUAUCAAUGUAAGGGAAGGGAGAAGUGUUUACUGGAAGAGAAACAAUCACACACUGUACUGUUACAGUAGGAUGAAAGAUGGGGAAAUACUGUCAAGUCUGACGAUUAGUCAGGUUUCAGAGACGGACCUCCAAUAUAAAUAUUGUUGUGUAGCCAUAAGCACAUAUAACUGGGACUUUGUAUGCAUCACCCUCAUGGCCAGAGAAUCACUGCUCCCAGUGGUUGUGACGUUUUCAUGCACAAUCCUGUUCCUUCUGCUGGCUGCUGGGAUGGUGAAGUGGUUUAUUGUGGAUCUGGUCUUGUUUUUCAGAAGCUUCAGAAUAAUGCAAAGCAAAAGAGAUGAUGGCAAAGUAUAUGAUGCAUAUGUGAUCUACCAGAAGGAUAAUAUAGAUGAAAAAAACGGAAAGAAAGUUGCUCAUUUUGUCAACAAAGUUUUGCCAGCUGUACUGGAGAACGCCUGUGGCUUUAAACUCUACAUUCAUGGCAGAGACGACCUACCUGGUGAAGACUGCACUGAGCUGAUUGAGACGAGAAUGCAGCUGAGUCGCAGGCUCAUAGCUGUGCUGCCUCCAGGAGUCAGUCAACAUCAAGGGGUCAAAACCUCACUCUGUUAUGACUGGCAUGUGGGGCUGCACCGAGUGCUGGUCGAGCAAGAACUGAAAGUGAUUCUGAUUCAACUGGGAGAUAUGAAGGAGUAUUCCCAUCUGCCCCUGGGGCUGCAGCAUCUCCUCCAGAAGACUCCCCCCCUAAGGUGGGAUGAGGGGAGUGGCCGAGCAACUUGCCCCACCUCCCGUUUCUGGAAGCAGGUGCGCUACAUGAUGCCUGUUCCUCCAGACUCCAGCUCUCAUGGUGUUGACUUUUAA